UCAAAAUGGCAGAUAAAGACAGACGACAUCGAAAAYAAUUGUUUUACUGAAUUAUCAGUAUUGAAGCAAAUGAGUGAUGAAAGCGGGAGCCAGGYAUGCAAGUCUGUCCUUUCACCAUAUGUUCCAGAGUUUGUCCCCUCAGCACAAACAAAGAAAUUCAAUCAGAGUGAAAUUGGGUGUUCACAGAACUCUGCUAUUUGUGAAAAACCAUUAAGAAAUUUACAGGARACGGACAUAGAAAAGCAAGCARAUGAUGUCAAAACCCAUGGUAUCUCAAAACAGGUGUCAACUCUUGGUGUUAAAAAUGAAAAACAAGCCAUUUUGUCUUGGAGACAGCGAGACUUUGGAGAGAAUGAAUUCUCAGACACGCAAAAAUAUAAUUUGAAUAAUCCAGACAGAAACUGGAGAUAUAGAAGACAUGAAGAAAGUUUAGAUAAUUCUCAGUCACAAUCUAGGAAUGAAAACACACUUCAAAACAGCACAAGGAAUCAACUGCAUAUUGAUAAGACAAAAAGAACAAUAAGCUUUCAAUCUUCAUUACGAUCUAAUUCAGGUAGACGUGAUGGCUCUCAUAAUCAAUCAAUAGGAGAGUUCAAAGGUUUUGGAAGAGGCCGGGGAAAGCCAAGAAAUGCAUGGACAAAUGAUUAUGGCAGCAAAGAAAAGGAUUUUAAAGUCUUAAGACAGUCUAACUGUGAGCAAGGCAGUAAUCCUGGUCUUGGACUAGGACGUGKUGCUGUUUCUUAUAGCGAUACACUAAAAGGCAUUAGCAGUAAAAAAAAGAAUGAUUUUCAAGGAGAUACACAACAAUUAUGUGGUGCUAAAAAUGAGCAAAGACAAGGAAUAAAAAAAGUUCAUCAACAAACUGAUGGAYGUCUUGCUACAGAUGAUAAUAGUGCAAGCAAGGCGACUAGAGUUGAUCAUGAGAAAAAACAAAAAACCUUUGAAACUAUUGAUGAUCAAAAUGAAACAGAACUUCAGGAUAAAGGUGGCAAGUGGGCAAGGGGAAGCAGAAAGAAGCUAUCAAGCGAUAUUAUGAAUAAUGAUCAUGAAAUAAAAUGUAAGCAAGAAAAUAAAUGGACAAAAGCUGGUAAAGCUAAUUCGCAGACUGAGCAAAAAAGUUUUAGUCAAAAACAUGAAACAAAUGCUAAUAAAACUAAUUCUAAAGAAAGGGUUGAUGAAGGGCCCAAAAUGAUUGAAAAUAAGGAUGUACAUGUACAUAGGAAAACCCCAUUGAAAAACAACACUUCAAAGGAUGUCCAGCAAGUUAGUGAAACUGAACAAGAAUCUGAUCAUCCAACCAAAGAUUUUAAUGCGCAAUCUGAGCAGAAAGGUAUUCUUCAAAAAAACAAGCAUGGAAAGUAUAUCUCACCAGCAGAUUUCAACACUAAAACGAAGAAGAUGAAAUUAUUAUCAYGUAAAGAUGAGGAAGUUUCUGCUAAGAGUGAGGCAUUUAAUAUUCUUCACAAUGAGAAUGAAUUUCCAGACUUAGAAAGUACAGGUUCAAAGUCUACUGAGAYAUCCUCUCUUGCAAGUGACUGGUUAUCAGGUGGAAACAGGAUGCCUAUCAUAUCAUACAGUGCAGCAUUGAAGGCAAUCCCUAARCCUCAGGCAAGAAAACAAAACAAACCUUCAACAACAGAGAGUGAGAAAUCCAUGUUAGCUGAUGGGGGCGAAGGAGGAGAUACCCAAUCAAAAAAGAAAAAGAAGAAGAAAAAGAAAAAGAAAAAUAAAGAUCAAGACAAACCUGAACAACCUCCUCAGCAGUCAGCAAAGAAAACCAAGCAACCCAUGCAGUUAGACUUGGGCGACUGGAUUUCAAUUAUUCUCAAAGAAAGAGAGGAGAAGAAGAAGAGGUUAGAUGGUACUACUGAAGAUGAUGAUAAAACCAAUGAAAAUACAGAGGACAAAAGUAUGGUGGAAGAACCACCAUUUCAAACUGACCAGGAAGACCAAGAAGACUUUGCUACUUCAGUACAUAGUGAUKUGGUUAUAAAAGAAACUAUACUGACAGCUGUUCCAACUGAUGAGGACAUCAAGGCUCAGAUCCACAGCCGGCGAUUUAGAGAAUACUGUGACAAUGUGAUGGACAAGGAACUUAACAAGACAACAACAGAAUUAUUACAGAAGCUUGUGGUAUUUCAAGACAGGCAAUAUCAUAAAGAUCCUAUCAAAUCUAAAGCUAAAAGAAGAUUUGUAGUUGGUUUAAGGGAAGUCACCAAACACUUAAAACUAAAGAAAGUAAAGCUUGUCAUCAUUUCACCCAAUGUAGAGCGUAUAAAAAGUGCAGGUGGRCUAGAUGACACACUUCAUAACAUUAUUACAAUCGCUCACCAAAAUGGGGUCCCUGUAGUAUUUGCCUUGCGCAGACAGAUUCUGGGUCGUAUCCUGCAUAAGAAGGUUCCUGUUAGUGCUGUAGGAGUGUUCAACUAUGAUGGUGCACAGGAUCACUUCAAAGAACUCAUGGACUUGACAGAAAAGGCAAGAGCUGUUUAUGCUGAGCGAUGGAAGAAAGCCUAUGAAGAAAUGAUGGAAAGAAUACAAAAAGAAAAAGAUCUUCAACCUGAACAGUUAGAAGAGCAGCAAGAACAGACAAUGAACCCACAAGAUAUACAGGAAUCAAGUUCUGAUGAAAAUUAUKACAAUGAAACUGAAGAAACAACAACAGAUAUGAAAAAUAGCCACAGUUUAUUAAUUCAAGAGAAAAAGACUGAAAUCUAUAGUGAUGAUGAGGYCCAUGUGCCUCCUCCAUGUCAAAAAGAGAAUGAAAACAGUGUUGAGGGUGAUAUAGAUAUAGAAGAUUUGUAAUCUGAAAARUUACACCGUCCAUUUACUACUGAUUGGCCUCGUCAACAUGCGAAUAGUGGUUUUCUCUGGAAAAACAUUUACUGUGCUAAUUGACACUAGUAAAUCCAAUGACUUGAGUGCUUAUCACUAUGUCCAUGAAUUAAAAUCUAAAUAGUUACUAUCUAAUAGUUCUUAUUUAGUGACCAUGAAUUGCUAUCACUCAACUAGAACAGUUAUAAUGAGGUAUUAUUUCCUUUGUAUUCGUUUUCCCAAGUGUACAAAAUGUAUUAUGUUACUAUGUGCUUUAGCUUGAAAAAAGUUCCAUCUUUCGUCUCAUACUCAUUAAUUAUUCAUGACGUCUAGCCAAUCCCUGAUUGUAAUUUGUACCACGUACAGUAACUGGAUACCAGAGGAAGUGCUCCUAUCUUGUAUUCUACCUUAUUUUAUUCACCUUGUUUCCAAUUACUUUUACCUUAUUUCCAGUUACUUCUACCUUGUUUCCAGUUACUUCUACCUUGUUUCCAGUUAUUUCUACCUUUUUCUAACUACUACUAGCUAAUGAUAAUCAACGCAUCAGAAAUAAUAAAUUAAAUAUAGAAUUAAUGAUUAGKGAAAAAAGGUCUUUGAUACAUAACUGCCUYACGAAACGAUCCCGAACUGCCCAGUCUAUAUGCGCCGUCUUACACUGUACCAUUACACUGCURAGUUUCUGAUGCCUGGGAAGAUAACAUACUUAUAAAACUYAUAAAUUAGGCUCAUUAGGAAUGCCAUGAAUAGCAGAUAGAGACAAUUUGAAAAGCUUUUGUUUCAGAAAGCUGUUCGGGAAUUGGAGAACAACAGUGCUUGUGUAUUCAAAAUUAUGAAAACUGAAAACUUUGGUGGAGAUGCAAUAAAUCAAUUGCRCGGACUUGA